AUGGCCGCGCCUGAGGAGGAUGAGUGGGAGUACGAAUACGACGAGAACGCGACAGAAGAUUUCUACAUCCCGCUCGAUUUGUCUAAUGUCCCUGCAGCGCAAAUACCCAUGGUCUCGCAGGGUAGACCAGGUCAUCCGACUCUGCUCAAGAGCCGAUUGCGCGCACUGAAUGCCGCUCGAGCUCAACCAGCCGAGUUCGCCGCCGACAGCAACGAUGGACAAGAGACGGCAACCAUGGGCGAAGUCCAAAUAAUUGGCCUACAUACGCCAAACCCACUGGUCAUGUACAACGGCCAGUUGCUGAGUUGCCAUUGGACGUCGACUGUCGGAACCGACAUGUUCUUCGUGAAGCCGAAUGCGAACUCUUCCACCCAGUCAGAAACACUGCGAUCUCUACCGUCGGUUGACUUAUUGGCUCUGGGUUCCGCAAAGCUGGUAGCCAAAGUUGGACGUCUGCGACCGCGCGAGGAUCUCUUCAGCGACGCUAGUAGUACACAACAGGCAACAGAGGUUGCGCCUGCUCCAGACGGCAACCAGGGCGCUACAACGAGCCCAAACAACAUGUCAGACGCACUCCCUUCCGGCAACAAAGAGGCCUCAUCUGCUUCGUCGAGCUUCCUUGACAGGUUGAAUGAUGCCAAAGCAAAGAGAGGAGAGAAGUCGCGCCUGGCCAUCUCGAAGACGUCAGAGGGCUCGCGUCUAGUGGCAGAAAAGGUAACGACUGGCUCUGUCAAUGCAAUAACUGGCACUUCGCAGGAACAAAGCGACUCGGUCAUGGGCGGUACGUGA